UUACUAUUAUUAUAUUUAAUAUCAGCUCAUAGUCAAAUAAUUGUCCUCUUAAUUCCAAUUAAAAAAAAAAAAAAAAUUUGAACUUAAUAGUUAUAACGCGCCUCGCUUUUUUACUUACGAAAAAACUUGCAAGUUUUAUCGCAUAUGUGUCCCCUUGUUCGUCUAAGGAACCACAAAUUGUCGUUAAAAGAAUUCAACAAAAAACCUGAAAUAGUAAACUUUGCCUUAAGCUUAUAAAAUAAGGCUAUUAAAACGCAACGCUACAAUUUAACGACUAACUAGCAAGUACUUACUACCAAAAAAAAAAAAAAUACAUUGCGUAAUGUCAAUUACAACAAUUUUUCAGUCAGCAAAAUGACAACAUGGUUCCAACCGGUUAAGAAACAAAUGAGUAGACGAUAAACAAACAAACAAACAAAAGGACAAUAUAUGUGUUGUGAUGUAUUGGAUAUGUGUUACAUUUGCCGUGCAGGUGGCUAAGUGGUAGCACAUCUGGUGUUCAAAAUGUUGAGAUCCUCGUACAUUUAUUUAGCAGAAGGUCGGGUGAUGGGUCGACGUUUCUUUUUAACGCUGGUGAUUGGGAUGUCUGCCGGAUUUAGUUUUGCAUACAUACUGUUAACAUCGAAUGGAUUCCACCGGCAAAUUGCUUUUCAUAAGUACAGGGAAUCAAUAAGAGAUCUAGAUAAGCAUCCAAUAACUUCUAUAAGCGACCACGGCGUUGACGAGCCAGCACAUAAAGAUGAAGACAGAUCCAUAGCCGAUGAGCUGGCUAAACGCGUGAGGGUGCUAUGCUGGGUCAUGACGCAGCCGAAGAACCAUGAGGCUAAGGCUAAGCAUGUGAAGGCCACGUGGGGAAAGAGGUGCAAUAAACUGCUGUUCAUGAGCAGUGGUGAUGAUGAGUCAUUACCAGCAAUAAGGCUACCAGUGGAUGAAGGAAGAGACUUUCUAUGGGCUAAAACGAAGGCAGCUUUCCGAUACGUUUAUGAGCACCAUAGGAGAGAAGCCGACUGGUUCCUUAAGGCUGAUGAUGAUACAUACGUGGUCGUGGAGAACUUAAGAUACAUGCUGGCUGACUACGAUAGCAGAGACCCCAUCUACUUCGGGUGUAGAUUCAAGCACUUUUCACCACAGGGCUACAUGAGCGGCGGCGCGGGCUACGUGCUAAGCAGGGAAGCUUUGGACCGGUUCGUGAACAAAGCGCUGCCGACACCACAACUGUGUAACGCGGGGGACCGUGGCGCUGAGGAUGCUGAGAUGGGUAAAUGUCUGGACAAAAUCGGCGUCCGCGCAAUGGACUCCCGCGACGAGUUGCACCGCGGCCGUUUCUUCCCGUUUGUACCGCAAGACCAUCUGUUCCCGAAUAGGGACAAGGACUUUUGGUACUGGAACUACAUCUUUUAUCCUACUGAUGAGGGUCUAGACUGCUGUUCAGACCACGCGGUGUCCUUUCACUACGUUGGGCCCGAACUAAUGUAUGUGCUUGACUACCUCAUAUAUCAUUUGCGUCCAUACGGCAUUAAGUACGGGAGCGGCAUUAUGCCCAAACUGUUGAGGGGUAACGAUACUAAAGAUAUUGAAAACCGUUAGGUUUUGUAACACUGGAUAUAAUAUAAAAAAGAAAAAUAUCAUAAAGUUGUAGGAAAAAAAAAACAGAAAAAUGGGGAAAUGUUGAUAAACAGUUUGAAAUACGUGGUAUAUAGUUCAUUGAAUUUAACUGCCAUUGUCAUUUUAUUUAUUAAAACAAAAACAAUUUAGACCCGAGUUCACUGACAAAAUAAAAGUCCAAUUUUUUUCUAAAAACAAUUGUUUAUUUUGAAAAUAGAAAAAGAAAAAUAUUUAAACAGUUGUUUUAUAAAAACAAAAGUUUAAGUUGUUGGUGAACUUAACCUAAAUAGGCCAAUAUUUUAGUGUCAAUUUGAAAUCGUCAUAUCAAAAAAUAUCACGGUGCCAUAUUAUUUAUUUGAAAUUUCUUUACUUUUAGACUUCCUAAGUCUUUUGUAUUCAGUGUUACCAAAAAACUAUUUGUUUUCAAAAAUACAAAACAUUCCGAAAUGACUGCUUUGUCUAAAGAAAAAAUCUAUACUUGUAGAUAAAUGUGUAUAUGUAUAUUUGGGAUUUUAUAUUGUAAAGAAUAUUAGUAAUUAGUAAAUUAAUAUAAACAUUACCUAAACUAAGUAAACAAAACGGCAUAAUAUUUGUAAAUGUACAGUAGCGUCUGAAAAAUCUAACUUACGUAACAUGUUUUUACUUCAGAAAAAAGGAGGCUCUCACUUUUUAUACGUGACUAUUCGCUGGGUGCAUAGUAGGCCUGCCGGGGCUUGCGGGAUUAUUGUUACCGCGGUCCUGGUACAUAAAGGGCUUAAGAAGGAACAUGAUGGGUUUUAGUCAGUAAGAGUCUGACACUCCCUCACGCUGCACCCACAGUGGGAGGGGUCAUUUGAUAAUUUCCCAUCACAAGGGCGUAAUCAGUAUGAGGUGGGAGAACCAUGAAUUGAAAUGUUCAUAGUAGGUAUAUUGGGCAAAAAGCAGACGAAACACAAUAGUUAGAUAAAGAACAACUUCUUUUUCAUUUCUAUAAUAUCUUGGGAAAUGCGCAAGUUAGCGCAAUGAUUGCGCACCCAGCGAAUACUACACUGGUUAGUUUAUAUGGCCUUCGAAUAGAUAAUUAGUAAAAAAAACAUAGAUUCCUUCGAUAAUGGUUUUUGCCCUUCUUGGCAGUCGGGUAAAAACUUAUUAAUGAAUUCUUGCCUUUCAAAAAAACUUGUUCUAGUCUGAUUUUAAAUUCUGUCCUAUUACUUUUAUAAAUCGAAAUAUUUGGUCUCUGUAUAACGAAAGUCUUGAUAUAGCUUUUACAAC